AUGAAAGAUCAAAAAGCUGAGCAGGAGAAAAUAAGGAAAGAUAUUGAGGAGUUGCGUGAAAAGUUAGAUGUCAUCCUCCUCGCGUUGGAAAAAGGCAAGACGGUUGCGGAUCCUACUACAUCUAGCAACCCCGUGCAUGACCAGCAAGAAAUCCCGCCUUAUCCACUUGGGUACGAUCCACCUCUUAGGCUAGUAGCAGAGGGUUUCAUGCAACAAAAUACAACGUACAACCCUCUGUAUGAUAUUCUGGUUGGUCAGUAUCCACCUCCCUUUGUUAAGGGAACUCAGCAAAUCCCAACCAACAUCAUUUUUCGAGAGCCCGAGCAAAUGAUGCCACCCCCUACAGUCCUUAAUCUUGGUGGUCUCCUAGUCAAGACAGACCCAGUCGGACAAAGUACCCCCAGUAACGAGAAAUUCGAAGUUCUAGAGGAAAGAUUAAUAGCAGUAGAAGGGACAGACGUUUUUGGCAACAUCGAUGCAUCUCAGUUGUGUUUGAUAUCUGGAUUAGUCAUCCUUCUGAAGUUUAAGGUGCCAGAAUUCGAGAAAUAUGAUGGUUCUUCUUGUCCUAAGAACCACCUUAUAAUGUACUGCAAGAAUAUGGCAGCGUACGUCUAA